UUUGCAAUAAUGUUAAUUGAAUCCAUCACUUGUCAUUGGACAAUUCAACCAUAGAUAACCUUUAUAUGAGUUAACAAUUCCCGGUAGUGAAUAAAUACAUUAAUUUAUAUAAUAUCAGUUUGGGGUGUACGUGACAAUUGGUUAGUAACCUUCAGAUUGAGUACAGCGGAAGAAUAUAUUAAAUAAUGGAAAUGGAAAAAAUAGUGAUUUUUGGGUCCACUGGAAUGACCGGUCUCUGUGCAGUUGAUGCCGCUCUAAAAAAAGGACUCAGUGUUAAAGCAUUUGUCAGAGAUCCAGCAAAAUUACCUGAACAUUUAAGAAACGCAGUAGAAGUAGUAAAAGGGGACAUUCUAGAUUACAACACCGUGUUGGAUGGUAUAAAAGAUGUAAUGGGGGUAGUAGUAGUUUUAGGAACCCGGAAUGAUUUAAGUCCAACGACCGAUUUAAGUGAAGGCUUGAAAAAUAUAAUAAAAGCAAUGAAAGAAUUGAAUGUGGAAGUUAUUUCAGUUUGUUUAUCAGCUUUUUUAUUUUACGAACCAGAAAAAGUUCCACCACAAUUUCACGAUCUUAAUGAUGAGCAUAAGAGAAUGUUGCAGGUGCUUCAGGCAUCAGAUAGAAAGUAUAUCGCUUGCUUUCCACCACAUAUAGCAGAUCAACCUCCUGUAGACUAUAUAGUGAAACAAGGAGCUUCACCAGGAGGACGUGUUAUAUCGAAAUACGAUUUGGGAAGAUUUUUAGUCGAAUCUUUAAACCAACCCGAACAUUAUGGCCAAAUUGUUGGAAUAUGCAACAAACCUUCAUAGGUCACUCAUUUUCAAUGAUAAAAUCCCUAUAUAUAUAUAUAUAUAUAUAUAUAUAUAUAUAUAUAUAUAUAUAUAUAUAUAUAUAUAUAUAUAUAUAUAUAUAUAUAUAUAUAUAUAUUGAUGGUUUAUAAAGAAACCGGCGCAACUGCAAACUAGCAGUUUUAAGAUAAUCGCAAUUCAAAGUUAGAAAGCUAAAUAGGUUCUGGCGCAAAUGCUCCCAUUCGUUUAGUUUUGAGUCUAUUUGCAUAAUUUUUUAUAUUUGACUAAAUUAUCUUAAAGAGGAAAAAAAUAAAUUUAACAUAAACCUUCUAAUUUUGAAAAUAUUUGCCGAUGUGCCGCUAUACGAUUUAAAGUUUUGCCCUCUAAGUUAGGCAAGUUUUAUUGAGUGCCGGCGUAACUCAUAGUAUUCCUAUGUUACUUCAACAGGAAAGCAUAAAAAAACUUAAAUCGUAACUCAACUUAACUUUAUUUAACAAAUAAAUGGUAAUUAGGUAACAUUAGGAACAAAUAAAAUGACAAUUAGGAACGUUAGAAACAAAAUAUCAGACAAACAUGAACAGCAGACUAAACUUAUAAAAAUCAGGUUCAAAUAUUUUCAUAAAAAAUUCGGUAGAUCUCUGGAACUACUCCCUUAUCCACGAGCUGGACUAAAGGUAAUCUUUUAGCAUCACUAACUUUCAGCUUUUUUUGUACAGAUUUUGUAGGUCUUCCUCCUUAGUUGAUGAAGUAGAUGGUAUUUUCCUUGUUUUUUAUUGCCUUAACCAUACAGGCCAGGCUACUUUUGAAUUUUUUCAGUUUUACUGAUGGUAGUUGUUUAAAAUUUUUAAGUCCUUAAACGUAAGUUCAACAACCUUAUAGGGAUUUUUUUCCUUGCUGUUCUCAUAAGUUGGAUGUAUUGUUGGGGCAAAUAAAUGGGGCAGUUUUUAUAUACAUUUCAAUGCAGGCAUCCACACAUGCCUCAUUCUGUGUAUGCCCGGUCACCAAAAACUUGUGGGUGAUGCUUGAUAUAUGGUCAAAUUUUUUUAAUGCAUAGUAAUACAUUCUUCUGACAAAUUGGUUCUUUUGCUACCCUGCGCAGUUAUCUGAAUAAAAGAUUACAUCAAGAGGUUUUUCCAUUUUUAGUGACAACUCCCUCAAUGCUUUCUAAAUAUUUCCAGAGGCAAGAAGCAAUUUCACACGAUCCUCUCUGUCCAUCUGCUUCCGUCCACGUAUAGCAAUAAACCUCCAUAUUUUUUAUGUUGCAAACCGUCAAAUGAUACAUUGUGAAUUUUGACACAUAAUAAAAAGAAGAUAUUUCCCCUCGUGGGAACGGUAAUGUUGCCUGUAGAUCGAAUACCGAUACAAUGGUUGUUUCAGAUGUUUCAUUUUUGUCAGUUUCUUUUUCUUGUCUAGCUAGGUCUUUUUCUAAAACGUGGUUUUCAUAUUCGCUUUGAAAAUCCUUUUUUUUUCUCAUUUGCAAUAUUUUUGUAAGUGACACAAGUGUCACUUUGGUCCUUUUUCUCUUGAAAAUUUUAUAAUACUGGUGAUAUGGCAGCACUUUUCUUCCUAAGGAUUGCUGUUCCAUUUCGUAAUCUCUAUGUAGAUCUGAAACUGUUUUACCUCCUUCUAUGUACUCUAUGUUGCUAUCUUUUCGGCAAUAGUGGCUUUCCACCCUUGGGAUUUUGUUAAUGUGUUUGCGCACAUUUUCAAUGUCUUCUUUGGAAGGCAAAUUUUUUCUUGAGUGUUUUGUGUCCCCUUUUAAAACUCCCGUUUCAGUGUCAACAUUGCUAAACGUGGUUCUCAAACAUCUUGCUGUUAUGUCAAGAGUAUUCAUAAAGAAUACUUUACAAACUCUGUUUUUUUCUCCACCAGAAUUUGUUAAAAAAUACUUGUGGUUCAACGACCUUUCUAUUUUUCUAUCUACCACUACCCUUUAGUACUUGGGAUUUAUAAAGCUGGCAUGAUUAUUAAUAAAUGCUCUUUGACCACUUAAAUCGCCCAUAGCCCAAUAAGCAUCAAAGAGGAGUUGCCUCUGACAGUCAUCAAAUUUCGUUGAACAUUUUAAAGGACACUUAUCACCACAUGGUGGCUUAAGGUUUCUCUUUCGGACAGCUUUUUUUGACUUUGCUGAAAUAUAAUCCAGUCCAAGGUUUCUGCGUUUUUUGCUAUUGCUUGUUGGUUGCCUUUUCCCUUUCUUUUCUUAUUUUGAUUUCCAGUGGAAGGUACUGAUUCAGUCUCAUUAUUAUGAAAAACCUCUUUAGUAUUAUUAUAAUCAGGCUCUUGGAUUCCUGAUGAAUAAACUACAGGUUCAGUCUCGUGAAUAAUUACAGAAAAAGCUACAGGUUCAGUCUCGUGAUUUCCUGGAUAAUAAGCUACAGGUUCAGUCUUGUGAUUAAUUGCAGGAAAAGCUGCAGGUUCAGUCUCGUGAUUUCCUGAAGAAUGGGAAACAGGUUCAGUCUUGUUGUGAAUUUCUGGAGAAGCUACAGUGCCAGUCUCGUGCUUUCCAUUAGAAAAAACAGCAUCAUUUGCAGUAUCAACUGGCAACAAUUCUGUGUAUGUCAGCUCCGGCUCCAUUUCGACGUCUGGAUCAGCUACUGGAGUUGAUAGCACAGGAUGCGGAUUGUCAGAAACCCAGUCAGCAGUCCCUAAAAAAAUAGUGGAAUGAUGUCAUCAGUAGUAGUAACCUGUCUAUACGCCCACACGUAGGUACUAACAGAAUAGAAACCCCUUUAGAAAGAUUUUUCUGAUGAUACUUAAUGAGAUGAAUCUCCAGUUUAAUCGCUUAAAAUAGGUAGGUGUGAAACGGAAAAUAAUUAAUAAAUUGUGCUUACUUUGGUAUGCCUCGUCUGCUAAGGUAGUAGAUACAACUUGCCACACAUGCGCUUCAUUAAUCCUGCUACUUCCGCCAUUCUCUGUGUUAUCCAGUUCAAGCUGUUGUUUCGCUAAUUUAACCAUAAGUUUAGUUCGAUUCCUCAUUUUGACAGCUACAAUGAAAAAGGGAUAGGCAAUUACAUACUUGGUUGGUUUUAUUAGGGUCUUUAAAGUCACGGUAUUAAUAUUCUACAGAUAGAGAAAGGAAAGUUGCCAUUUUGAUUUAAAACAUUGGCCGAAGGAAGUUUUCACGCCAACAUCCACGGCUUAUGUUUAAUCAUAAUAUGGCAACUUUUCUUUUAUUAUUUGUUGAAUUUUUAUACCGCCCUAUUAGGUACAACCUACCUAUGUAUUUAGGUAAGAAAUAUAAUUCGGACAUGUUGUUUAGGUUUUGAAAAGUAGGCGCUUGGUAUUCAAAACAAAGCCCAAAAUAUUACAUGGCAUUGAUAAGAAAGUGACCUAUUAGCACUAUGUACCACUGUGGGAUAAAUCAUUGCGCCAUUUACGUGCUUUGCCUAAAGUCUAUAACGAAUCAUCAGCAUAAAAUGCGUUAAGAGGAUAAAAACAAUUCUGAUAGUCAGGGGGAAACUAAAACGUAUAAUGACACAUCUGUAAGAAGUGCCGGUAUCACAUAAAAAUAAUGGCAAUAAACUAAGGGAGUUUAAAAAGAUAAUGACACAUUAGUCAAUAGUUAAAUUUACUCACCAGAAGCGUGACCUCACCCAUUGAUGUCUUGCACUAUCAGCAGCUAAAAUAAGCUCAAAUUAAACAAUACCAAAGAUUAUAGUGCCUCCUGGCAGUACAUUUUUGAAGUUACAUAAAUGCCAUUAGCAUGGUAAAAUAGAGCAUAAUUUUACAAACAUUUAUAAACCAUCGAUAUAUAUAUAUAUAUAUAUAUAUAUAUAUAUAUAUAUAUAUAUAUAUAUAUAUAUAUAUUUGAAUUUGUUAGAUUCAAUAUGUUAAUUUGGGUAGAACAAAAAAUAUUAUAGACCCUCAAAAAUGUAUGAGCAGUUCUGUUCACACCCAAGUGUUUUUCUCUUUUAAUUCUCAAAUAUAUUUUGAUUUUGAAUUUUAUAUGGCAUCUUAUUGUUAAAAGUACAUAUGUUUGUCUAUAGAAUACUUUUAUGUAAGUGUUAAGCAAUUAAAUAAUAAAUUGUA